AGAAUUUUUAUUUCAUUAUUAUACAUCGAUGGACUCACUUAUAUGUAGAGAGCAGAUAGAAGUAAAAAAAGAUGGCUCCGAAGAAUACGUUUAAUCGCACAUUGAAGUUUAUGCUUAUUUUUUGUGGUGUUUGGCCAGGCGUAUCGUGCAUAGUGCUCUACAGAACAUGUUGGAUCAUUACAGUGACAUUUAUUCUAUUCUGUCACUAUCGUUAUUUUCUCACGCAUGUGUAUUCUGCCGAACUUUUGGACUUGAUGGACUGCAUGUCUAGUUUCUUUGCAUAUUCUAAAGUGAUUAUUAAAUUUGCUGUGUUUUGGUUCAAUCAGCAAAAAUUCGUCGAAAUCUUAGAGAUGAUAAGGGAAGAUUGGAAUGAUUGCAUUGACGGUGACGUCAUCAGUAUGCGCGAGACAACACGCAAAGCAAAAAUAUCGGAUCGUAUCACAAAUGCGAUCGUUACACUUCAUACGAUGACAAUUGUAGCGUAUUGCAUAGGUAUCAUCCUGGCCGAUGCCGAUGUCACCGAUCACACGACAGAACUACCCUUGCUCAACAAAUUAGAAAUACCCUUCGAUAUAAACACGCAAUGCAUGUACAGAUUCGUAUUAAUCAUAGAAUUCUUACUUAUGCUUUUUUACGGUUGGGCGGCUGGUAUAACAAACUCUAUAUUAUUGACUUUAAUUCUACAUACGGCCGGUCAAAUCGACAUUAUACGUUGCUGGCUGAUGCAACUUGUACCCCGUAAAGAGGAAUACAAACAUGUAUCAUAUCAUAUUAUUACGAGUAAAAUUAUUCAAAAACAUCAAAAAAUCAUUAGUUUCUCAAAAAAUAUCGAAAGCCUUUAUACAUACAUCGCGUUGCUACAGUUUAUCUCAAAUACGAUAAUGAUUUGCUCAAUAGCUUUCGUUAUCGUAACAGCUAUCGGUAGUCCUAAUGCAUUAGAACAGAUAUUAAAAUCCCUCUUAUUUUAUAUCAUAACGAAUCUCGAAGCAUUUAUAUUCUGCUUCGCUGGAGAGUAUCUAAGCAGCAAGAGCAAGGAAAUCGGCAUUGCGGCGUACAAUUCUGCUUGGUACGAUUUGAAAUCUAAAGACAGUCGUGUUUUGUUAUUUAUUAUGUUAAGAUCGCAGAAGCAGUUGACGCUUACAGUAGGAAAAAUGAUGGAUCUCUCUUUAGAAUCUUUCACAAGCAUCAUGAAUGCCUCAGGAUCAUACUUAUCGGUUCUGUUGACGAUGCAAUAAUCAUCAGAUUGUUUGUUGUUGAUUUUUAAGCAAUAGUUAAAAUA